UUGACGAGAGACUUGAUAGGUGUGAACCUAAAGGGAGUUCGACGAAAACCAAGAAUCAAAAGAGAUCAUCUCGUCUCCAAGAUGUCCAAAUUCGACGACCUGCUGAAGCAGCUCGGGACGGGAGUGUGGAACGUGUUCGUGGUCGUCGCCAUGUGCUACUCUUCCAAUGCGAGUACAACGCAACGGUGUCGGAGGGCAGCGUCGAGGAGCGUGCGUGCACUCGGUGGGACUACGAUAACUCCACCUUCACCAACACCCUGACGUCAGAGUUCAACCUGGUGUGCGGUCGCAGCUACCUGCGAGCGGCCUACAAGAGCGUGUACUUUCUCGGGGGGAUGAUCGGGGCCAUGCUCAACGGCUGGCUCUCCGACAGAUUCGGCCGCAAAACCAUGCUGGUCGUCGGCAGUGUGACGUACUCUCUCCUGGCCAACAUCCUUUCCUGGCUUCCGAACUUCUCGGUCAUUCUAGCCCUUCGCUUCUGGAUGGGCCUGAUGCACCCGACGUCGAUCCACGCAGGAUACACACUGGCCAUGGAGGUGAACCAACCCAAGCACAGGGCAGCCACCGGCAUCCUCAUCUUCCUUCCGUGGGCCUUCUGCGACAUCGCCCUCGGAGGGUACGGAUACCUCCUGCGGGACUGGCGCUGGCUCAGCUUCACGCUCUCUCUGCCUGCCCUACUCUUCUUGCCGGCGCUCUGGUUCAUCGACGAGUCGCCGCGCUGGCUGAUCGUGCGCGGCCGCUACGACGACGCAAUGCUCGUCCUCCGCAGAGCAGAGCGCUUGAACAAGGUCGAGUUGCCGCCCGAGGAGGAGCUUCGUACCCUUAUGGAGUACAUCAAGAAAGAGGCUCUAGUCGAAGGCAGAGCAGGCGAAGCUUCUACUCCAGGCUUUAUCGACGCCUUAAAGGUUAUAGCAAAAGAAGUUACGGUACUGGUUAAAACGAGGAGAAUGCGCAGUAUUACGCUUUCGUUCUACGCGCAGUUCGUCGUACUUGGAAUGGUCUACUACGGCAUCUCAUUCGGCGCCGACAAGCUGGGCGUAAACCCGUUCGUGUACAUGGCGGUGAACGGUGUGGUGGAGAUCCCUUCCGGCACCGUAACCAUCCCUCUGGUGGACAGGCUGGGAAGGAGGUUGUCGUGCACGCUGUCCUUCGUGAUCACCGCCGGCUCGCUCAUGGUCCUCGGAUUCAUCCCAUCAGGAUUGAAUUGGCUCGUAAUCGUGAUGGCCUUGAUGGGCAAACUGGGCAUCUCGAUAGCAUACCAGGUCGUGUUCCUUUACGCCUGCGAGCUCUUCCCGACCGAGGUGCGCGUGCGUGGACUCGGAACCUCGACUAUUCUGGCGAAGGCGGGAGCGAUGGUAGCCCCCUUUAUCCUGGAAAUUCUGGGCAACGUGAAGUCGUGGCUGCCGCUGGUGCUCUUCGGCGUCGCGGCGUUCCUAGCUGGCGUGGUCACGUUCUGGCUGCCCGAGUCGCUCACGGCACCCAUGAUGGACACCGUGGCUGAGCUGGAGGCCGCGUAUGGGGCGAAGGACACCAGGGACGCCACAGAUGAGCAUCAAAUGGAGCAGCCAAACGAAACUACCAGAGAUCAGGCCUAAAGGCGAUGGCCAGAGUCAGGAAAUAACUUUCAAUUUGUGUUUUUAAACCUGUUGUUUUUUAAUAUAUGAAGAAUUUAACCAACUUCGAAUUUUUAUGACAAGUAAUUUUGGCGACAUCAUACCGCGUAACAUUCGACUUUCGGGGAAAGCGUGAGAAGCCUGCAGGACUUCCUAGAAACGCCUCUCUGAAGGAUACCGUCUGACUCCGCCCCCCCCCCUCAAAGCGACCUAUUUUAACGAUACAGGAUGUAAGCAUUUUUGGUGAGCUUUCGUCUUGGGGCUGAAAAUAAUCUCUCCUCUGAAUGCCAAACCUUCUCAAGUUUCUAGGAUGGCUAAUACACCAGUGGAGGAUUCCCCCUAAAAUGCCUUUUCAGACAUCUUCAC